GUUGUGGAUUGCAGAAAGAUUAGCAGAUUCAGAGCAGAGUAUACGUACUGGUUCAGCUGUAAUGGUUUAAACGAUUAGUUACACUACGAGUGCUGUCAAUCACAAUUACGGGCGGAGCCUAAACUAGCUGAAAACGAGGCUAACGCCGGUUCAGAUCACUAGAGACUUCCAGCAGCUUACAAGAGAACGGUGGACUGGCGCGAUGGGGAGGCGAGUAUUACUGUCUUUGGUCGAUGCUGCUUUGCUGAUGUUUACUGUCAUAUGCCAGACUCACGGCUCUGGAGUUUUUGAACUACGUCUUGCUUCCUUUACUAACAACUACGGACGAGAUUUUGAGGGGAACUGUUGUAGUGGAUACCGUACUGCACAGGGGUCGUGCAGCAGUGUUUGCCGGACUUAUUUUCGUGUAUGUUUGAAACAUUACCAAGCAACAAUUGACCCCAACCCGCCGUGUACGUUUGGAGAGAUCGUAACGCCCGUGCUUGCGAAUGAUUCUGUGUAUCUUUUGGAUAAGAAAAUACAUGGAUUUAAUAACCCUAUUCGGUUUUCUUUCAGUUUUUCUUGGCCGGGGACUUUCUCGCUCAUCGUAGAAGCUUGGCACGAUAGAUUAGCUGGAGAAGAGGAUAGAAGAACACUGAUCAUCCGUUUGGCCACCCAGCGCUAUCUACAGGUCACUCCCGAGUGGACACAGGAUGUCCACCGAACAAACCACACAGUGAUGCAAUACUCGUAUCGAGUUUUAUGUGAUUACACUUACUACGGUGAAACGUGCACCAAGCUCUGCCGACCAAGGGAUGACAAGUUUGGCCACUACACCUGCAGUCCGACUGGUGAGAAGAUUUGUCUAUCGGGCUGGACGGGCGACUACUGCUCCGAAGCUGUCUGUCGCCUGGGGUGUCACAAGACCCAUGGGUACUGUACCAAGCCCAACGAAUGCUUAUGUCGCCAAGGUUGGCAAGGCCCCACUUGUCAAGAGUGUACCCGCUACCCGGGCUGUGUCCAUGGCACCUGCACUGAACCCUGGCAAUGUACUUGUGAGGAAGGAUGGGGCGGACUCUUCUGUAAUCAAGAUCUCAACUACUGCACUAACCAUAAGCCUUGUAAAAAUGGCGGAACGUGUACAAACACUGGUCAGGGGUCCUACACCUGCACCUGCCCUGAAGGAUUCACUGGACCGGCCUGUGAAGCAAACUUCGAUGAUUGUACUCACGAGCCUUGUUUAAAUGGCGGAACGUGCAAGGGUAAAGGCAAGAAUUACACGUGCCACUGCCCCCUGGGUUACUAUGGAAGGAAUUGUGAGACCUCAGCCAGUACAUGUACAGAAAACCCAUGCCAGAAUGGAGGUUCCUGUAUGGACCAAUCUAGUGGAUAUCGGUGCUUCUGUGCUCAAGGAUUUUCUGGGGAAAAAUGCGAAAUUCAGAAAAAUAAAUGUGAACCAAAUCAGUGCCAGAACGGUGGGAGUUGUGUGGACCGGUCAGAUGGAUACACGUGUAUCUGUCGCACGGGAUUCACGGGGGUGAACUGUGAAAUGGACAUCAACGACUGUGCUGAUAACCCUUGUUUAAACGGAGGCACAUGUGUGGAUGAUGUAAAUUAUUUUCAUUGCUCGUGCGUACCUGGUUUUAUUGGUUCCUUAUGUCAAAAAAACGUGGAUGAUUGUCUGACCAAGCCAUGUGCAAACGGUGGCACGUGCCAGGAUCUGGUAAACGACUUUCAGUGUCUGUGUCAACCAGGAUUUACAUCAAAGGAUUGUUCUGUGGAAGUGGACGAGUGCAGCUCAAGCCCCUGUCAGAGGGGAGGAACUUGUGUAGAUCGUGUCAACGAUUUUGUGUGCGUUUGUCCAUCGGGAUUUGGUGGACGGUUGUGUGAGCGUGAUAUGGGCAACAGUGCUCAGAGAGCCGGGAAUAUAAUUACUGAGGGACAGAAAGUGUACACUUCGCCAAGUACGGCUAUCUCUAGCGUUUCAGACAAGGAUAAGCAUGUGGCGCUGAUUGUCACAUUUUCAGUAAUGGUACCUUUGUUAGCCAGCAUCGCUGUGAUCACUACUUUAUUGCUUCGACGAAGAAGACGUAGAGAGGAACAAAAGCGAGAAGAAGAAGCAAUGCGGAAGCAAAACGAGUUUAAUUCUGUACACAGUAUAAACAAAAAAUGUUUAGACAAUCAAAUAAUUAAUACUUUUGAGCGACCAAGCUCGAAACUUUUAAACAAAAGCACCGAUGAUGAAAAUUCUGCGGUGUUUGCCAAAGAACAUUCUUUAACCCGGACCAAGUCCACGAAGCUUCAUAAUACAGACUGGUUUAGUAGUAAAGUUCUGGACGAAACGAACUCGGAGAAACAUUUAAUCAAUUCACAAAACAAUUUAGAAAAAAAGCAACAGCCUGUAGAGCAGGUGCAGCCGUCCUCAGCGAGUCAAAGUGAAGUGUCGCCAUAUACGGGCACAUGUUCUCACAGUAGUAUAUAUGUUAUAGAAGACCACUAUGUUUCUCAAGGUCAUAAGGGAACGUUGGCAACUGAGGUAUAGCUUCAUCACACAACACCUACCACUACAGCCCAAAGAUAGACUGGUCCAGUCAACCUAUUUAUUUAUAUAUGUCAUUCUGUACAGUGUCGAAGAAAGUGCCUUGUGUGUUACGUAGCUUGUAAAUAGUCACAGAAAAGUGUUUAUAUAAGAACUGUAAAGUUAAGUCAAACUUUUUAUUUGUUUAUUUAUAUUUCGUAUAUUUUUAUAUAUUUUCUUUCUCGGUAAGCUCCAGUGAGAGCUGGCAACAGUUUGAAUCAAGUUAUAAUGACACAGUAAAGACGUACUGCGGUCUAGUUCAACAUUGUGAUUUUACAAAUAAAUACUUAGGCAGAGACUGUAAAGAAGAAACAAAAAAACGAGUAUAUAUAUAUAUAUUCAGUCAUGUUGCCUUGUUUGCCUUUACAAAAUGGGAUUUUUGUUUCUCCUAAGAACUAUUCUUGUCAUGAUGUACUCAAAAUGAAAUAUAAUUGUGAGACAAAGUGUAAAUAAUUGUUAAUAGUCUCUGUACUGAUAGCUAGAUUAAUUUAAAGAACAUUUGCUGCCAAGUUGUAUAUUUAUAGGUCAUGUUGUACAAAAGCCUGU